ACCGUUGAUUGCCCGCGCCUUUUAGAGGUGGUGUUAUGUGUCUGUCAGAUGUUCUACGGAAACAUGUUUUGUCAAACAUGGAGUUGCAGCAGUACUUAACAGCAUGUUAUUGGGCCGACAAACUUGUUUGUUUAGAAAAAUAUCGUUCAGAAGAUGUAUUACUUUAUGCCAAAGCCCUGUAUUAUAGUCGACAAUAUCAUCGUGCAAUAGCUGUAAUUCAAAAUUGUAAGGAGUUAAAAUGUUAUUACGCUUGCUCAGAAUACAAAAAGGCUCUCGAAUUUCUCGAACAGUCUGAUUGUAAUUCUACCGAUUUCAACUCCAAUGUAACGUCACUGGUCGCUGGUUCUUUAUCUAAACAACUAUGUAUAUCAACAGACUGUCAGAAUGCUGUAAAUGAUGAUUCCACAAAACAAUCGAAUACUGUAUCAGACAGUUUAAUAAGCGGUUUUAGUACAGAACAACUUCAUAGUAGUAUUGCAUUAUUGAAGGGAAAGUUAUAUGAAUUAAUGGAAAACAGAUCUUUGGCAAUGCAAUUUUAUAAAGAAGCUUUACUUCUUGACGUAACAUGUUAUGAAGCCUUCGAAAAACUUGUACACUUUCAAUCAAUUAGCUCAGAAGAAGAAUCUGCUUUACUAACCGAAUUGAACUUCACUGAUCAUCUCAAUCCGUUGAUGAGCAAAUUGACUGAAUUUCUUUACAAAGAUAAAUUAAACAAGAAUUCAGUAUCAGAAACUAAGGUACCUGGUGAAUUUGACUCAUUGACCAAUAAUGUCGACGUUAUUGUUAAUAAAGCUGGACGUAUGUUAGAUGUUUGUCGAUUUCAGGAAUGCUACGACAUUACGUCGAGAUUAAUGCAAUCAGAUCCAUAUAAUCUUGCAUGUUUGCCAAUUCAUAUUUCUGUUUUAAAAGAAUUAGAAAAAGCAAAUGAGUUAUUCAAAGUAUCUCAUAAACUUAUGGAUGUGUAUCCGUCAAGUGCACUUGCCUGGUUUGCGGUGGGUUGUUAUUAUCUGUGCAUUAAGAAGAAUGAACUUGCAAGACGACAUCUUGUAAAGGCUUCACAAUUAGAUAGAAGAUAUGGUCCUAUAUGGCUUACACUUGGGCAUGCAUUUGCUGCUGAUGGUGAACAUGAUCAAGCUAUUGCUUCCUAUUGUACAGCUGCUCAAGUUAUUCGAGGUUCGCAUAUUCCUAUUAUGUAUAUUGGUAUUGAAUACAGUGCUAGCAAUAAUCGCAAUCUAGCUGAACGAUUUCUUAAUCAAGCUUAUUUAAUUAGUCCAAGUGAUCCUUUUGUUUUACAUGAACUGGGUACAUUGGCUUUUGAAUCACAAAAAUAUGUAGACGCUACAAGAUUCCUAGUUCGAGCUUAUGAAAAGGCUUGUGAAUUAAGUGGACAAAUUCCUUCGCCUUUCUGGGAACCUCUUGUUAAUAAUUUAGCACAUUCUUAUAGAAAAAUGGGACUUUACAACCAAGCAAUAGCUAUGCAUGAACUUGCACUUCGCUUAGUGCCUGAGUCUCCAACAACACUUGCGUGUUUGGCAAUGUUGCAUGCAAUCAAUGGUAACCUUGAAGUUGCAGUAGACUAUCUUCACCGGUCUGUUGGGGUCCAACCAUCGAGCUGUGGGUCUACUUCUAGCAAUGUGGCUUCUACAAUGCUGAAUGUAUGUAUUGAAGCGUUAACGGGGAAAGGGAUUUAUGCUUCGAAUCAGAAAGUUGGAAAAGAUAUUCCAGAUACUCUUCCUGAACACCUUAUGACUGCUGCUGGACCAGGAAGUCUUCCAGGAUCCAACCGGAUUCGUUUCAAAAUGGCGCCAAGUGAGACUUUAAAGCCUAACAAAUCGGUGCUUCAGUUGGAUGUUAAUUAUAGAGAAAAAUCUGCUAACGCUCCCAACAUAUCGCUGCACACAAGCGAUGAAGAUGUGUCUAUGGACCUUGGUUAAUUCCUUGGUUUUAUAUAAGUGAUUGCUAUUGUCCACAUAUUCCCUUGUAACUAGAUGUGAAACAAGACUAAGCUUUACACAUGUUUUUUUAUCUGUCAUUAGGGAUUCAAAUUUUCCAAGUAUAACAUCUAUCCUACUCGUCUUUACGAUUGUAUUCACGUAGAUUUGUUUUCUCCCCAUAAUUCAGUUAUAGCUGUCACCCUGAUAAGUGGUCAUCUCUACGUAUAUUAUUUCUUAAACCAAUUGAUACUAUAGCAUAAAUGAUUGCGAGUUGGUUUUUAACCGGAAAACAAAGUCAUGCUGCUGUAUGAUCACAUACUUCAAAUACAUGAAGAGACAAAGUUUACAACUUUCAAGUUAUAAAAAGCAAUCUGAUAAUGAUUGAUUCCAGUUUGGGCGCCCAGA